CAUGGUGAUCGGUGCCUUUCCCAUUGCGAAGUUAGUGAUGUUGGGCGUGCGGCAGAUUAGUCGGCCGCUGGCCAACAGCAUCAAGGCCAACGCCCGCCGAAGCCAGUUCUUCAAGACUUACAUCUGCCAGCCGCCGGCACAGGCCUAUCACUGGUUCGAGAUGAAGAUGAAGAUGAGGAUGAUGGGGUUUAAAGGUGCCCAAGUGCAGCGCUUGAACGAGGACACAGCGGCAGAACUGGGUUCAGAGCUCCUGGGAGAGGCCAUAGUCUUUUUCAUCGGAGGUGCUUGCAUCUUGGCUGAGUACAUGAGGCAGUCGUCCAACAGCGCCAAGAAGGAGCAGGAACUACAGUGCACCCUGAGGGGCUUAGAGCAGCAGGUGGCGCACCUCGCAUUGACAGUUGAGGAACUGGACACACGCAUUCGCGAAACCAAUCGGCUUGUUUUGUCACUUCCUGCCAAGCCCACAAAAUGAUCUUUGGACUCAAGAGGAAACAACCCAUUGAUGGGCACAGAGGGAGAACUGCCUCAUGGGUUAAAGCCAAGUGACACGUGUAAGUUAUGGUGAAGGAUUCUGAGAAAUUGCUGCCCCAAAGUUGUGAUUUACCUUUUAAAUGCCUGUCCACACCUUGACAAAGUCCCGCUUGUACAUGUGUGCCUGCGCCCUGUACCUAAAUAUUUCUUGCCUCUGCAUUUGCAGGUGGGGAGAGUGGUGUGUCAUCACGUGUGCUUUGGGGUCGCGUAACAUUUCACUGAUCGUGUCUAGUCUAAUUGUUGUGCUUGUUUUGAAACGUUUCUCAGCUGAGCUACUAUUAAGAGGUCGGAGGCAGGUGCUCCAGCGGCUGGUGUUCCACGGAAGCCCACUGAACCCAGAUGAGCAGAGCUCGAUUUGCCACCAGGAGAACCACAUGCCUUUGGGAAUCUUUGUCCAACCUCAGAGGAUGCUGCCACACUAUUUGUCUUCUUUCCCCUCCUCCAGCCCUCCAGCACUCAGGCACAAAAGAAAAACUUGCCAUUGUCCUGAAUGGGAUUUUCUUGGAUUUUUAGUGCUAGUGGAUAUCUCUGGUGCCGACAUCGGACUAGAAUGUUUCUGACAGUCUGCUGUUUCCAUGGCCUCUGAUCUCUUUGCAUUGCAAAACAUCUCCGCAGGAAGGAACCGUUACGGUUGAUCAAGGCGACUGAGCAAUGCCCCUCUUUUUCGAGGGAGAUCAUAAUUAAUAUACAAUAAAUGCCGGCAGCAUAAACACCAGAAUUAAAUGUUUUGGACACUAUCCUCUUUCCAUUGGUUGUAUUUUUAUUUGCUAUUUUUUUCCAGGCUCUGUCAUUACUGCUGAGGUCGACGUUUGUACCUGUCCUCAAUUAUAGGAGCAUAGAAUAUAGUACAGUACAGGCCCUUCAGCCCAUGGUGUUAGUCAAACUUUCAACCUGCUCUAAAAUCAAUCUAACCUUUCCAUCCCACAGAACCUUCCGCCUCUCUCAUUCACGUGGCUAUCUACUCGCUGCCCAUUACGCUGCUGGUGUUUAGGGCAGCAAUGAAGGUCACCCAUCUCUGUCUGUCCUUGGCCACAGUGCUUCCUUCAACAUGCCAGUAGCUUCCUCCCAGGUUUCACUUCUGUCAGCCAUGCAAGUCCCGGGUGGAGACUCAAGUAUACUGUCACAUUCAGAUGUAAAAGGAUUCUUCAUUGCUGUUUCUGUUUGACCAGUCAGGGUUGUUGGUCCUGAGCUGAACCCCCAAACCUGGAGGAUCGGUGGACCACUCAAUCUGGCUUUGUAAUAUUAAGAACUUAGCACCUCGUAGGCCGCUUGUGACCCUGGCUAUUUUCUGCAGCUAAGAGCUUGAGAAAAAAAGCUAUAGAAGCCCAAAUGCUUUCUCAUAAGAUAGGCUGAGCUUGAGAAAAAGAGUAUAGAUGCACAAUUGCUUUCUCAUAUACCUCCAGGUAUAUGGAGGAAUUUAAGGUGGGGUGUUACAUGGGAGACAGGGUUUGAGGGUUGGCACAACAUUGUGGGCCGAAGGGCCUGUAAUGUGCUAUACUAUUCUAUGUUCUAUAAGAUAAGCUGAGCGGGUGACAUCAUCCUUGGUAUGCGAUCUGUGCUUAACUUCGGUUUUGCUUAGAGUAACUUGUAUCCUUGUAUUCCUAUGGCACCUGCAAGAUGAGCAUAAAAAAGAGUGGCUCUUUCCAAGGGCAGGAGGCUUUGGAUGGUAAGCCUGUGCCUGUCUGCAUCCAGACAUAGUAGCAAUUAAAACUGUUAUAUGAACAAUUUAUGACUGAUAAAGUUAACAAUACUCAUCUGUACAGAAACUAAGGGGGUGAACCCACUUGUAUCUGUGUAUGUGACUGC